GGCUGGAGAGAGCGGAAGGGAGAGCGCGCUCCCGAGAGGAGGGGUUGCCUGGACGACGCCGAGGGCGCGCUCAGGGGUGGGGAAGCGAGCUGGGACUGCUCAAUGACAAAUCGGCAGGGGACUGCUGGGGUCCGGCCCCGGGAGGGGGCGGGGCGCGUUUAAGAGCGGCGGGCCGGUGCGGACCGGGGAGGCGGCGCGGGACGGGUCCCAGCUCUCCAACUGGGUCUUCUGUCUGUGUGUCCCCCACCUCAGAAAACGGGCAAGAUGGCGGCAAACAAGAGCAAGGGCCAGAGCAGCUUGGCCCUGCACAAAGUGAUCAUGGUUGGCAGUGGAGGGGUUGGCAAGUCGGCCCUGACGCUUCAGUUCAUGUAUGACGAGUUUGUAGAAGACUAUGAACCCACCAAAGCUGACAGUUACAGAAAGAAAGUGGUUCUGGAUGGAGAAGAGGUCCAGAUCGAUAUUCUGGACACAGCUGGACAAGAGGACUAUGCAGCCAUUCGAGACAACUACUUCCGGAGUGGGGAAGGAUUUCUUCUUGUGUUCUCCAUCACAGAACAUGAAUCUUUCACGGCGACUGGCGAGUUCAGGGAACAGAUCCUCCGAGUGAAGGCUGAAGAAGAUAAAAUUCCAUUACUCGUGGUGGGAAACAAGUCUGACUUGGAGGAGCGGAGGCAGGUGCCGGUCGAGGAAGCCAGGAGCAAAGCAGAAGAGUGGGGCGUGCAGUACGUGGAGACGUCGGCCAAGACACGGGCCAAUGUGGACAAGGUGUUCUUUGAUUUAAUGAGAGAAAUCAGAGCAAAGAAGAUGUCAGAAAACAAAGACAAGAAUGGCAAGAAAAGCAGCAAGAAUAAGAAAAGCUUUAAAGAACGAUGCUGCUUGCUGUGAAGACCAAGCUGGUGGCUGGAGCCCGUGCUCCGAGGACGUGGGGCUGGGCCAGGGAGCUGAAGGCUGCGGUCGACUUCUCGUUGUACUUCCUGCUCUCCCCGACCUGUUCAUCUGCACUUCUGUAAAUGGGAAAAUACUUGUGAAUCAGUGGCUGGCAGAAGAAACAAGCCCUUGUCCAUGCAGUGGACCAGCUGCUUUGUCAGGAGCUUCAGAGUUUCUGCUCUUCCUCCCUCUUUCUUUCCUUCCCUCCAGACAGCUUAGGUAGAUAGGAGGUUGUAGGUUGGAGACGGUCAAGUGUAGAUUUUUAAAAAAAUAUUGUAAUAAUAUCUUACUUUUCCCUACUUUUAUAACUUUGCCAUCUUUUUUUUUUUUUUUUUUAAUAAAAUUGUCUUUUUAGGAGAUUUUGGAAGAGGAGGCUGUAGUGACUCUCUAACCCUUAUCAAUUUAACAGAAAAAUAUAGCAAGCUCUAGUGACACUUGGCAAGUCCCAGAACUUUUUAGAUAAGUUUCUUGGCAGUACCCUCUGGAUCUGAAGCAUAGCUAGAAAGAUGAACUUGAAUUAGGCCAAACAGGUCAACACCAGGAUCUUAAAUCUUCCUCAUAUGUGAAACAUGAAAGUUGUAAGUUGUUUUUUUCAUGUUUAGAUACUGGCCAGCUACAGUCUACAUUGGCUCUUUUUGUCCUCAGCACCCUGAUUGUUGUGUAGGGAACUAUUUUGGAGUGGUAGAUUGAAGAGGCGUGUACUGUACAAACGACACGCUGUUGUAAUCAGUCCCUUCUCAAGCCCUGUGGUGAGGACUCUCCUACCUGCCAGCCGCCUGGCGCGGCCCCGCCUUCUCACCCAUAGCCUCAGCCCUGCCCUCAUCUGUUUUGUUCAAUGUCAGAUGAAUCUUCUGAAAAAUGUGAUGACUUAAAAUCAUAUCCUAAAAUCAUGAAGCCAGAGCCCGUACCCAACCUGCUACCUCUCAUAGAAUUGCUCAGUGAUUCUAAAUUUACAAUGAGAAGAAGUAGGGGAGAUAAGCCAUUGCCCCAUUACCUCUGAGAAUUGGCUACUGUUUGUAAUCUGACUCUUUUCUGAGAUACUCAUGUAGUUAGAAAAAGAUUUGUAUGAGGAGAGAUCAUUCAUCCUUCUUACUGUAUCAGUAUUCUAAACUCAGCAAUCAGAAGCAUUCCCAUCGGGAAAGGGUCACUGUGACCAAAGCCUGGCCUUCAGCACGUUUCCCCCCACUGUUCAGAAGUGAAUGUUUAGUGUUUAGGUGCCAAAAGUGAAUUGGGGUGGGGAGAGCGGGAGCCUGUGGAAUUUAGGGUUAUUACAGAGAUUGUGGAAAUGAUGUUCUAACUCCUGGAAACCAAUCUGGCAUCACCUCCCAGAGAAACAUCUUUUUCAAUAAAAAAAAAAGCAAACACAGUU